UGCGUGUGGGGUUAAUGGCGAUGUCGAAACUCUACAAACUUGGCCUACUCUUCCCCUUCAUCCUGCCUCUCCUCCUCCUCCACCACCUCGUCACGUGCAGCAGCCACGCUCCGCUGUUCCCACUGAAUGUUCGUUUGGAGUCUCGAGACCUCCUGGCGACCCUUUGCUGGGACCCCGUUGAAGCGGCUCCCAGUGGGGAUGGAGGGGAUAGACCCCCACUUGUUGAUCCUUUAACCAUCAACUCGACCACCACGACCACGACCAACUCAACGUUCCUGAAUGUUACAUACAGAGUUCAGAGCAAACUCUUCAGACGAGCCCGCUGGCAGACCGUCUGCGCUGCAACAACGGAGACACGGUGCGACGUCUCCUCGGCGCUGGACGAUCCCGGUGACCGCUACCUCCUCCGUGUGAGAUUCUCCUUCUCAUCCUCGCCGUCACGAUCCUCACCCUGGGUCGCGGUUGUGGUCCUGCCCUUGAUGGAAACUGUGCUCAGCGCUCCGUCGUUCACCCUGAGGCUCGACAAACUGACGCGGGGGGAGGAGGAGGAGGAGGGCGAUGGUGGUGAGGAUGAGGAUGAGGAGUGCGGUGUUGUGGGUGACGAUGAAGACAACGACGAUGAUGGCUACAGCGACAACGACGACGGCGAUGACGAUGACCGUGACGGCGGUGACGAUGACCGCCGUGAUGACGGUGGUCCUGGGGUGGCUGGGGAGUUGGAGGCGGUGGUCGACGGAGAGCCGGAGGUGCGGAAGCUGUCGUUGUUGGUCUCCGUCGGGCGGGGGUGGAGGGCGCUGGUGUCGCACGACGUGAAGUUCCACCAUCAGGUUGACAUUUCGACAAGAGGCGGCGUUCAACUCACGGAGCGCUUCAUCGGAUGCCGGUACCAACACCGAAUGAUGCUUCUGCCGGGACGCGAGGAUGAGUACUGCGUCCGCGUGAGAAUGGUAGCCGACUUGCCACGGUGGAAGGCAGGGGAGUGGUCUCCACUGUCGUGUGUCUCCGUCCCUCCACCACACAGCACCGUGGGUGAGUGGGUGGCUGGGUGAAUGAGUGAGAGGUAUUUUUGUGCGUGUGA